AUGAGUGAUUCGAAAGAGGAGCGCGCCGAACAUGUCGAGCACGUCGAUCACUACUCGGCCACGCGCAAAAGUGCGCUCGACUCGUUGACGAUCCCCCAGGCAUUCAAAGCCUACAAGGUGGCGGCGAUGUAUGCGACGAUCGCAGCCUUUUCAGCAAUGUGCGACGGUUAUCAAGUCAGUUCCUGCUCGUAGUCUUCCCUUCUUCGGUCUAGCAGUCUCGAGGGGGUCGACUCGGGUAGCCCAUCAUCCAUCCACCCGUGCGCGCUCGUGCUGAUCAGUCGCGCUCGUCUCCGAACCUUUUCACUUUGCAUCGAUCGCACGAUCGUGGAUUCCAGGUGAACCUGAAUGGCAGCAUUAUUGCCAACAAGGGCUUCAUCCGACAAUUCGGGACGGUCUUCACCAAGAGCGCCACCACGGGCACCAUCACGACUUCUUUGAACCCCAAGUAUGUCAGCGUGUGGGGGGGCAUGCAAUCCGUUGGUCAGGUGAUCGGUCAGUUUUUGCUCCGAAGGGGCGGCAGAAGGCGGCACGGGUGCCUGGGGUCGGAUGACCGGUCGGAGCGACGGCAAACUCACUAGCGCUUGCCGAAUGUACUAGGUAUGACCUCGUCGUCGUUCGUUUCCGAUUAUUUGGGUCGCAAGAAUGCGCUCUACAUCAUCUGGGUCGUCAUGUGCGCUAGUGUGAUCGUCGAGUGCGUCGCGAAGAACUGGAGCCACUGGCUCGGCGCCAAAAUUCUCGCGGGAGUUGGGUGAGUGACGAGGGACCGGCCGCAGCGUCAUUUUGGAUUCGACAAGCCCGAUACGAUCGGUCUAUCGACGUGAACGUCUGCUGAACCAUCGCUCGAAUUUUUUUCGGGCUCGCUAUUCGACAGCGUUGGUGCGAUGCAAGCAACACUGCCGCCCUACAUCGCAGAGAUCGCGCCGACGCAGCUCCGGGGAGCGCUGGUCAACGCCUACUCGUGAGUAGAGCUUUAUGCGGUGCCGUCUUUUGCGCCGAUCGCAAUGGUUGAGUUGAGGGUGUCGCGUUGGGUUUCUUUCUUUCUUUGCAGCGCUUGGUUCGUCGUCGGACAAAUCCUGGCCCCUACGAUUCUACAGCAAGAGAACAAGCGCCACCCUCUCAUCUUCCGGCCGGCCAUCUAUUCGCAGUGGGCGUUCCUCGGCGUGCUAAUCGUGCUCUGGGCGAUCAUUCCCGAGUCGCCGUGGUGGCACGCGGGGAAAGGCAACGAGGAGCGUGGCAAGGCCACUCUUCGUCGACUCAACGGAUCUGUACCUGGUUAUGACGUCAAUGCCGAGUGGGACAUCAUGAAGGCGACGAUCGAGCACGAGCGCAUCGCCGCGGAGAAACUCAAGACUGGCUCCUUCGUCAACAUCUUCUACGGCACGAACGGGUGGCGUACGCUCAUCGCAUGCUGGCCCAAGUGCUGCCAGCAACUUACUGGUGUACGUUCCAAUCCUCGUUCAACAUUCUUCCUUCACGGCGCCGUAUGGAUGCACCUGAACGACUCUGAGGAGUAGAGACGCGUAUGCUGACCCCGUCUCCUCUGUGCACUCCUUUCUGAUGUCUCGGUCUCGCGCCUCUCGCGUCGCGUCACGCUCGUCGCCCUCAGCUCUCGCUUGUGAACUCGUACGCGACCUACUUCUUCCAGCUGGCCGGCAACAAGGACCCUUUCAGGGUGACCGUCAUCUUCGCAUGCACCCAAAUCGCUUCCGUCAUCUUGGUCUCGCUGUACACUGGUACGUUUCCGACGCCCCACUGCAGACCGACUCAACUGACCCCCCCUUCCCCCAAACCUUCUUCUUUCUGGACGUGUAUGUUCUUAGACACGGGCCGACGAACCGCCACCUGGGUCGGCUACGCCAUCACAUCGCUGUCGGUCUUGGCGAUUGGUAUCAUCGGCACGCAAGCCUACACCUCUGCGCCGCUCGGUUCGCUGUUGGUGAGUUCUCGCGCAUUGAGGCCGGUCGAGCGCCGUGUCCGUUCUGAGCGUGCCUCGGUAGUGAGUACUGACAUCGGCCUCCUUUCAACACUCCUCCGCUCGAUGAUUCAGAUCUUCUUCGCAUGCUCGGCGAUCUUCUUCAACACGGUGUCCGGUGCUAUCGGCUACGUGUACCUCGCCGAGACUCCGACGCAGCAUUGGCGCGCCCGGACCGCCGGUUUCGGUGCCGCGGUCGGUGCCUGCUUCGGCGUGUGCUUCUCCUUCUCAGUACCGAUCAUGCUUAAGGGGGCGCCAAAGUGGGGCGUCAAGACGGGCUUUUUCUUUGGUAUCACGGGCACGAUCGCCACAAUCAUCGCCUACUUCAUCUUGCCAGAAUGCGCUCAGUAAGUUGCGGCUCACAUCUCGACCGGGAUCCGUCGGUGGUGCGCAUCCACUGACGCCGGCGUCUCGAAUUAUUUUCUCUUUCUUCUCGCAGACGCACGACCGCCGAAAUCGACGAGAUGUUCGAGAAGAAGGUCGCUCCUCGAGACUUUGCCAAAUUCGACACGGACGUGCAGAAGGCAUGGCGCUCGGACCAAGUCGCUGCCGCUCGAGGCGAGAAAACCGAAGUCCGCCACGAGCAGUGA